GGUGCUAAGGUCUCCUUUUGGAGACAAGUGUGGGUGGGAUCCCAUAGCUUAGAAGUAAUGUUCCCUCGAUUAUCUUAUCUUUCCACAGAUAGACAAAGCACGGUGCAGCAAAUGGGAGAAUGGAUAGGUGGUUCAUGGAGAUGGAGAUUAAAAUGGAGGAGAAGAUUAUCAACAAGGGAACAGGACCAAGAAACACAACUUCGGAGCACCAUACAAAAUGUGCAAGUUCGAAAAGAAGCCGACGAUAGAUGGUGGUGGAGAUAUGAAAAAGACGGUGAAUACACAGUAAAAUCAGCAUACAAGAUGCUAACAACAACAGAAGAAGGGGAUGAAAUCAAAUGUCUUAAGAGAUGCUGGAACUCGACAAUCCCAUUGAAAAUCUGUGCUUUUAGUUGGCUGUCAGUGCUUGGACGUACACCCUGCAAGGUAAACCUCCUGAAGAGGAAUAUCAUUACACAAGAAGCAGAUGCUAAAUGUAGUUUCUGUGCAGAAAUAGCAGAAAAUGAGGACCACCUACUACUGUGGUGUGAUUUUUCAGGAAAAAUUUGGAACAAAAAUCUCGCAUGGUGGGAAAUCAAGUAUGUCAUGGCCAGGAGUUGUAAGGAUGCUUUUCUCCAACAUAGCUGGGCGGGUAGAUACCAAAAAGGGUGGCAGGUGAUAUGGUAUGCUACAAUCUGGGCCUUAUGGUCAACUCAGAACCGUAGAAUUUUUGAGGCAAAGCAAGUGUCCAUUGACGAAGUGUUCCACAUGGUACAAUACAACUCAUACUACUGGAUAAAGAGCAAAAUUGAAGGCUGGACAUACUCUUUUGCGGACUGGUGCAAUGCUCCAAGUAGAUGCCGAAUAGUUAAAGUUCCAAAUCAAAGAUUGAUAGAACUUGAGCAAGGUGAGAUGAUAUGAUGUCUGCAGUAGAUGAAGGUGUUUUUUAAUCAGUAGGGGUUUCCCGUGCCAGUGGGUUUGAUGAUCAAAACAGUGAGAUAUGGAGAAAUUGCAAAAGAGGGCAGAAAACCCGACACGGGUGUGGUGUCGACACAU